ACUCGAGCGCUUUAACGCAGGCAGGUAGAGUCUGGCUAUUUAACCGCGGGUUGGUGGAUUCAUUCCGCUCUGAAACUGGCUACUGAACACAUGAAAUCUCCAGUAAUGCGAUGCCAAAGCAGCUUGUUAAACUCCAGAAGAGCGCUGUCUGACCUGACGGAACUUCUUCUUCAAUUCAGCGCUUCAUCAUCUUCACUUUCCACUUGAUGAUAAUCUCUCUGGGGGGCUCGUUUGUGCCAAGCGCGUCUUCUUUUUUUCUUUUUUUCUUUUUACAUCUCUCGCAACCAAAGUUUGAUUUUCAAGAAAAGUGGAAAUGAAUAACACCGGGUUCAACCAAACGGAGGGCGGGCUGCUCAACAAGACAGAGGAGUUUUUCUGCUGCAACUUUUCAUCCGUGGUGACUGAUAACGGCUUUGUGGCCGCCGCUCCGGAUGAGAGAAGCCUCUUCAUCAUGAGGGUGGUCCAGAUAGCCGUCAUGUGUGUUUUGUCCCUCACGGUGGUGUUCGGCAUAUUUUUCUUGGGUUGCAACCUUCUCAUAAAGUCAGAGGGGAUGAUUAACUUUUUAGUAACGGACAGGAGACCGUCCAAAGAAACGGAGGCAGUCAUUGUUGGAGCCUACUGACUGACGAGGACCUUUAUAUUAUGAUUUGAAUCAGAUCUGAAGUCUGCUGGAGGCAGAUGAGAGACGAUGAUCAACUGCCCAAAUAAAACCCUGUUUUCAUAUUGGUAUUUAGAAAAAACCUCGCUGGAGGUAACUAAACCCUCAGUGGUGACUGAGGCUUCACCUUAUUUCUUGUGGCUUUUUUUAAUGCCAACAAAGACUCAUCUCCAAGAGGUAUAGAGCGUUUUAAGCCUCUUUGUUUAUAAAGUAUUCAGUCAAGCACUCUUGUAAUUUCAGUAGUUGGAGCACCGUUUGUCAAGCAGCAUCCUCUUGUCAUGUAAGUGGCAAAGUCUGCAUAUUUGCUGCUUAGAAAUACCCUCUCAUAUUGCCAAUGCAAUGGAGAAAUUAAUGUAAAACAUGUACUGUAUGUUGUAUGUGUUUUUGCAUACAAUAUGCAAUAUAUUAAUGUAAGUGUAUUUCUCUGGAUUUCCUGGUGAUAACUGUAUGAGUGUCUGCGUGGGCGGUGAAGAGAGCCCAGCACGCCCUGUAUCUUGUUAAUUGGAAUAAAUUAAUUCUGUAAUUAAAGUUUUCCUCCUAA